AUGAUGGUAAAAAGUAAAAAGAUGAAAAAACUAAAAGAAGAAAGUGAUUCUUCAGAUUCCUCAAACGUUCCUUAUGACGAUGAUUCAGAUAUGGAUACCGAUCAAGAAAGUGACGCAGAGUGUCUUUUCUGCACUGAACAUUAUUCAAAGGAGCAACAUGGAGAAAAGUGGAUUGAUAAUAUAGAUUACAAAUUAAAUAAAAAAUUAAAUUUUUAUACAGCAGAUAUAUCUACGAAGAUAAGAUUCAAUAUGUCAACCGAGACUGGAGAACCAUCUACAGAAACAAAAAUUGAAUUAAAAGAAGAAACAUCUCUUGACAGUUUGUCUGAUCAGGAUCAGAAAAAAAUUGAGAAACUUUAUACCAUACUCUCAGAAAAGGAUUCUAUAGAAUUGCACCUGAAAUUCCAUAUCAGGUUAUAUUAUGCUGAUUUACUGAUUCUUAAACAAACAAAACAGACUGUUAGAGUUGCUGUGUCAGAUGUCAAUGAUGAUGUUGAAAGUGCUGCAGUUACAGCAUUCGGUUUUCUCUUAUUCAGAACUCCUAAACAAUGUCCUAUUGUAGUAUCUCUUCUAGCUGAGAAAUACAAUGCACAUGUUUAUUAUGGAGCUGCUAUGGCUCUUAGUAUGUCAUGUGUAGGAACUGGUCUACGUGUAGCUAUAGCUCUUCUUGGACCUAUGAGUAUGUUCUAUCCAGUAAACUUUGUAAGAUGGGGUGCUCUUAUUGCUUCAGCUAUGAUUUUGAUUCAACAGAGUGAUCAAACUUGUCUCAAAGUCACAUUCUCUAGACAGACGUAUGCUCAAGUCGUUUCCAACAAACAUGAAGAUGUAAUGCCUAAGUUUAAAGCUAUCUUAGCUCAAAGAAUCAUUAAUGCAGGUAGAAGAAAUGUAACUUUGUUAUUACAGUCCAGAACUGGUCAUGCAAAUAUGUUGGCAGCAGUUGGAACAUUGGUUUUCACUUAG